CCGCACUGAGCUCUACUGAUCGCAGCUGGAAGCAUGGUGAGCGGCACCGAGAGCCACCCCGCGGGGAUCCCCCUUCCCCCCUGCACGGGAGCCAUGGAGAGCCUGCACCAAGAUAUUUCCAGAGUGACAGAAGGAAAAGCUAACAAGAAUAUAACUCCAGUAGGAGACACACAGAGUUCUCAGGAUCUGUUUAAUGUGACUGUUAACCUACCUGGAGGAGACGGUAUUGAAAUACAGGUAUCAUCCAAAGAACUGGUUCAGGAGAUUAUUCAGGUAUUGAUGGAACAUGAAGAUUCUUGCCAUAGAACAUGCUUUUCACUGCAGUUUGAUGGGAAUGUUCUGGACAACUUUUCCGAGCUGAAGUCUGUUGAGGGACUGAAAGAAGGUUCUGUUUUAAAAGUUGUGGAGGAACCUUAUACCAUCAGAGAGGCGCGAAUUCACAUACGUCAUUUCAGAGACUUGCUGAAAAGCCUGGAUCUCACGGAUGCCUACAAUGGAGUAGACUGCAGCUCAUUGUCCUUUCUCAGCAGCAUUUCAGAAGGCGACAUUGGAGAUUCUUCCAGUAAUGAAAACAAUGGAAAGAGGAAGAAACGUUCAUCUGCAGAACACGGGCUGGAUGCAAUAGACUGUUCUCCUCCAGAAUAUAUUCUUCCAGGAAGUACGGAGCGGCCAUUACAACCUCUUCAACCUAUCAGCAUUGACAACAAGCCUCCGCAAUGUAUGAAAUCACUGAUUAUGAGUGGAUGGAAUCCCCCUCCAGGCAAUCGGAAAAUGCAUGGCGAUCUCUUGUACUUAAGUGUAGUAACUAUGGAAGACCACCAAAUAAAUAUCACUUCUUCCAACAGGGGGUUCUACAUCAACCAAUCAACAGCAGAGGUAUUUAAUCCAAAACCAGCUUCACCGAGCCACCUGAGCCACAGUAUUGUGGAGCUCCUGAACCAGGUCAGCUCAGCCUUUAAGAAGAACUUUUCCAACCUACAAAAGAAGAGGGUUCAUCGUCACCCUCUGGACAGAAUUGCAACUCCUUAUCAAAUUUACAGCUGGAUUGCUCCAAGCAGCAAUCAUAUCAUAGACUGUGUGCGAGCAGAGGAUGCAUACAAUUCACGUCUUGGAUAUGAGGAGCACAUUCCUGGCCAGACAAGGGACUGGAAUGAAGAGCUGCAGACAACUAGAGAACUCCCUCAGGAGCUCCCGACAGAUCAGGUUCUGCGACGAAGAGCAAACUUUAAGAUCAAUUCUGAUUUCGUUGGGGCAUCCACCCGAGGAGCCAUGGCAGUAAUUGAUGGAAACGUUAUGGCAAUUAACCCUGGAGAAGAAACCAAAAUGCAGAUGUUUAUUUGGAACAAUAUCUUUUUUAGCUUUGGCUUUGAUGUAAGAGACCACUACAAGGACCUGGGUGGAGAUCAUGCAGCCCAUGUGGCUGCCACCCAUGACUUGAAGGGAGUACAGGCCUACAGUGAUUUGGACAUUGAAGAACUUUAUGUCUUAGGCACUGUGGUUCUCGACUACAGAGGAUACAGAAUAACUGCUCAGUCGAUCAUACCUGGAAUAUUGGACCGUAAGGAAGACCAAAGUGUUGUUUAUGGUUCUAUUGACUUUGGUAAAAGUGUAUCAUCAAACAGGAAAUAUCUAGAUUUACUCCACAAAACCUGUAAACCACUUCGGAUCAUGAGGCACAGUGUGCUAAAUGAGAAGGAUGAAGAAGUGCUUCUGUGUUCUUCUGUGGAGUGUAAAGGCAUUGUGGGUAAUGAUGGACGACACUACAUUUUGGACCUCCUUAGAACGUUCCCUCCUGAUGUGAACUUCUUACCAUUGAAGGAAGAGGAAAAACCAAAAGACUGCCAAAACCUUGGAUUUCCUAAGCCUUAUCGCCACCGACUGUGCAGUUUGAGGCCAGAGCUCAUAGAAAGCUUUGUUCAACACAAGUAUGCCCAGUUUAUGAAGGUCAUAGUGGACAAGUCACAAAAUGGAGAGUUACUACAGCCUGACAACAGCGGAGAUAUUUCCCAGAAAGAUGAUCUUAAGGGGGCAGAUAUUGUCAAAGAAGCCUGCAGAGAGGUUGGCUCUGUCACAGACUAUAUAUUUGAUGUACGCUUCAAUCCAGAUGUCUAUUCACCAGUGGUUAGGUUCCCAGUGUCCGAAAACCAGGCCCUUCAGAUACAAAAACGAUUGCUGAGGGAAGCGGCGGACUUUAUUCUCACUGUGCAGAUCCCCACCUUUAUAAAAGCCUGUCUGAAUCAUAUCAUUGUUCCCCUGGAUGGUAAAACCCUAAAAGAGUCUCUUCACUCCCACGGAAUCAAUAUCAGAUAUUUGGGAACAGUCGCUGAGAUGAUUGACAAGAUGAAAGCCCGCCCUUCUCUGGAUUACCUUUAUAGAAUCAUAAUUGUUGAAAUAAUGACACGUUCAGCCAAAAUGAUCCUACGCAGCUACCUACAGGGAAUAGAGAUGUCGGCGCUGUCAGCUGCGGUCAGCCAUUUUCUGAACUGCUUCUUGAGUUCUUACCCGAAUCCCGUGGCUUACCUGCUUCCUGAUGAGCUGCUGUCCCGUAAACGCAAGAACAAGAAGAAGAUGCGUCCGCUGGAAAAUGGAGACAGCACGGCCUGGGCCAGUAUGACACCCACUGACCUCUGGAGGCAAAUCCAGCAGAAUGCUAAAGACAACUAUGACUUCACACUUUCCUGCGAUUCUGUGGAGCAGUUGGUUGAGAAGUAUACCCUGCAGAAAGUGACGCUCCUCCGGGAGUUCUGUAUAAAGACUGGAGUUCAGGUUCUCCUGCGGGAUUAUAACUUUGAAAGUCGUCAUAAGCCAGCUUUAACAGAGGAAGACAUUCUGAACAUGUUUCCAGUAGUCAAACACGUCAGCGUUAAGGCCAAGGAGGCGCAGGAAGUAUUCACUAAAGCACAGAUCAGCAUACAGCAGGGAAGCCUUAAAGAAGGAGUCGUUUUGUUGAAUGAAGCCCUGGUCCAAUUGAAUAGUGUGUAUGGUGCUAUACAUCCUGAUAUUGCCACGUGCCUACGAUUGCUUGCCAGGGUCAAGUUAAUUUUGGGAGACAUAGAAGAGGCUCUGGAUAAUCAACAGAAAGCAGUAAUAAUGACAGAGAGAACGUUGGGAUACGACAGCACCAGCGCAGUUCAGGACUAUGUCCUCCUCUCACAUUACUGUUUUGCCAGUGGACAAUUACCAGUAGCUUUGAAACUGCUGUACCGUGCCCGAUACUUGAUGCUGGUCAUAGCAGGUGAAGAUCAUCCUUCCAUGGCCACAUUGGAUAGUAACAUUGGCGUGGUUCUACAAGCUGUGCUUGAAUGUGACUUGUCCCUACGUUUUCUAGAAAAAGCUUUGAAGGUCAACGAAAAGUAUUUUGGGCAGAAGUCCCUGGAUGUUGCCUUAAGCCACCAUUUGAUAGCUCUUGCAUACAUAAGCAAAGUAGAGUUCAGAUCAGCGAUGCAACAUGAGAAAGAGACCUUCACUAUAUACAAAGCUUUGCUCGGCGAUUGUCAUGAACGCACUAGAGAGAGCUCUGCCUUCCUAAAACACGUUACACAGCAAGCCGUCAACUUACAGCGGACCAUGAAUGAGAUCUACAAAAAUGGAUCUCUUUCUACCUUACCUCAUGUCCAGACUGUUCCUCCAGGGAUUGACACUCUCUUGCAACAGCUGAACCUCUUAAAUGGCAUUUUACGGAUCAAUGUUGGAAUUAAUGAUCAGAAUAGUAAAGAACUGCAUACCCAGAAUCAAAAUUCCACAGAAAGUGGUGAAGAGCAAUUAGAACAAGGAGUCAUUUCUGAAGAACAAACAUUGAGUGCCAAGAAGAUAAAAGAUGUGAUCAAAGAUCUAGCUGAAGCUGAACUACAAAAAGAAAGAGCUGAAAAUCAUCCCAAAGGUGACAAUUCCAAAAAUAAAAAUACCGAAGACCAACCAAAAGGUCACACUGCAGAGAUAAACAAAACUGAAGACCAACCCAAAGAUGUCAUGGCAGAAAAAGAUGGAGAUCAAUCCAAAGACGCCACUUCAGAAAAGCAUAAAGCUGAAAACCAAGCAACAGGUGAAACUGCAGAAAAAUACAUAGCUGAAGACCAACCCAAAGAAGUCACUGCAGAAAAAGAAGCUGUUACAAACCAUACUGAAGAUGCCAGUGAGGAGAAAGAUAAACCGGAAGACCAAGACAAAGAUGCAGUGGAGAAACAAGAUAAUGGUCAGACAAAGAAGGGUAAGCAGCCAGAGAAUGAAACGGAGGAAACAAAGAGUCGGGAUGAGGAAGCAACUAAAAAUGGUGAGACCCAUGAUGGGGAUAAAGCCAGAGAAAGUGGUGGACAAAAUGAAGGACCCAAGGCUGAAAAUAGAGAUGAUGUGACUGUUUCUGAGAAUGAAUCAAAUGACAAAUAAAAUGAUAAUUGUGAAUUUCUGGUCUAGAAGACCAGCUGCUAGACAAAUACAUUAAUUCCUCCAACCUAGGAUGAUCAAAAGGCAAAAAUGUUCCAGAUAGCAAGACAAUUCAUUUUUUUCUGCUUCUUUUCCAAAAACGGACUCAGGAUUUUUGUGGUAAUUAUUCAAAGCGGAGUAUGGAAAUGAUACUGGACAUGGAGUACAUUUUGCUUGCAGUGUCACAUACUUUUAGCAGGGCUUUUGUAACAAAAUAAUUUGUAAAUAGGAACCAACAUCUCAGAUAUGUGCAUUUAUCUCAGGGGUCCUAGGACUGUAUGUGUUUAAUCGACUUACCUCUGUCCCUUAAAAUGUGUAAUAUAUUUUUACCUGGCCUUUUGGAGAUCUGCACCUGAAGCCUGAGCAGACCAUGGUAAUGGCACAGUACCUUCAUAAGUCACUUGGGGAAGCAAAAAAAUAAAUAAAAAUACUACAAGUGUAUCGAGCAAUGAGCUGACCAUGACAGUUUGUUGCAUUUUUUUUUAGUAGCACUGAUGCGGUAUUAGUCUCCUGCACAAGGUUUCAAGGUUACAUACCACCAAAAUCCAUCCUAGCUACAUUGCUGGUCUGUGACCCUAUUUGGAAGCAUUGACCUAGCUCUCCAUUGAAGAACAUACAGAACAACCACCAUAUAAAUGUUUAGUCGGUGGCAAUGUUGCGUAAAGGGGUUUGGGCAGGUUCUGGAGUUAUCUCCUAUCCACUCCAUUCAUUAUCUGUGGGCGCGCCAGAGAUAGCCGUGUGAUGUACUCCCUCAGAGAAUGAAUGGAGAGGCACAACCUACCACCCAGUUCUCGGGAUGGGUGGGUGUCCUGGCAGUUGGACCCCCCAGUGAUCAUCUUAUUAUCCCCUAUUCUGUGGAUAGGGGAGAACAUAAAUUUAGUACACCAUCUUUAACAGUGACUUGCUGUUCACCAUGUGGCAUGCUUUACCUUCAUUUGUAUGUUCAUGUGUGGGUAGAGUGGGUAAAAGUGAUUAUAUAUUAUUUUUACAGAAAUUAUUUUCUGCCAUUAUGUUCACAUCAGGUGAAGCAAUGUACACCAGGUAGAUGAGCUGCAGCACAUGAGUGCAAUAUGUUCUUACCCAGGACCAGCCGCAGUAGCUGAACGUGUUCAUGUGAUUUUAUAUGACUUUGGGCUACUCCUACAUACAGUAGAAUGGUAAUACUGUGAGCAUAGACACUAAGACCUUACAGGCGGUCAUCAAAGUGGUUGUCUCAUCAAGAGUACGCCUCUUUAAAAUAAAGGUAGCAGUGGAAUCUACAGAUCACUGUGGGUCUUGCCUCCUAGACUCUCAGCAACCAUCUGAGGGACGAGGGAAGUUGUGGCCCGCCAUACAUUUCCUCUGCAGGGUAAUUCCAUGUAAAACAUGCGCAGGCUGGGUCCCUCAUUGUGGGAUCCACUGAUUCUUAGGCCUCAUGCAGACAAUCGUAUUUUCAGUCUGUGUCCGAUCCCCAUUUUUUUCGCCUCGCACAUGGACCCAUUCAUUGCUAUGGGGCCACAAACGGAUGUCAUCCAUGUGCUUUCUGCAUCCGUGUGGCCAUGCUGCAAAAUAUAGAACAUGUUCUAUUCUUGUCCAUUUUGCAGACAAGAACAGACAUUUCAACAAUGGGGCCCACGGAAAGUACGGUAUACAUACGUCCGGUAUCCGCAUUCAGCAGAUCCGAGGUUUGCGGACCUCAAAACGGAUAUGGCUGUGUGUAUGAGGUCUUAGUAGCUCUCCACUGUGGUUCGUAGAGAGGGCUCCUGAAGAGGCGUUUUUAUCAUUCUUUUUUUUCAUUAAAAAUAUAACUUAUCUGGCCCCUAAAUCAGUAUCUCAGUGUUGUGUACUGUUUACACACACCUUUGUAAUGCCGCUGUACGCCCAACCUACAUAUAUAGACGCACAAUGAGGGUGCACCUAUAUUUUGUCAUAAAGUGUGCCAAAAGUAGUGCAAUUUGGAGCAUCUAGGCUUAGGCCCCUUUCAGACAAGUGGGUGUCACGCCCUGGACUAACAGAGUAGCACCCGUAAUGAACUGAAUGGGUCGCAUAGCAUUAUAGUGAUUUAUCAUGCUGUUUAACCCUUACAGUUCUGGAAUGUAUUGGAUAACACUGACAGCAUUAUGUCAGUGUUAUACAAUACAUUCCAGAUCUCUUAGGCCCCU